AUUUAAACUAGGUGUUCGGAUUUAUAUGUCACUUAGUAUAUAUGCACACCUUCCCACUUCCACUGCCCCGAUACUACUAGAUUAUUCACUAGAUCCACAAUUAUACCAAUUAAUAAAAAGAAAAAACUAAUAGCAACUAAAAACACGUCCGUUUGCUACCAAGUACUAAUGUCUCUGAUAUUCUGAAAGUCCCUAUUGGGAAUAACAAUGUUUCUUGAGGAACAUAAAUCACUACGAAUAGUUGCAUUUUUUAGAGAUUUGAAACCAGAAAAUGUUUUGUUUGAUGAAAACUGGCAUAUCUUGAUAACUGACUUUGGAAGUGCCAAGAUAUUGAAAACGGAUAAUACAGAGAACCAGAAAUGUGAUAAUGAUGCAUUAGAUAAAGGGGACAAAAGAAGACGAACUAGUUUUGUAGGUACUGCACAGUUUGUAAGCCCCGAGAUGCUGAGCGAAUCCUCGUCAUCUCCCGCGUCUGACCUUUGGGCGCUGGGGUGCAUCAUAUACCAGAUGGUUUCGGGAGUGAUGCCUUUUAGGGGACGAAGUGAGUUUCUGAUAUUCCAGAAGAUACUUAACUUGGAGUAUGAAUAUCCUGAUGGAUUUGACCCGCAAGCUAAGGAUUUGGUACAGAAGCUGCUUGUCAAAAAUCCUAUUGAGAGGUUAGGUGCUACUGAUGAGGCGCCUUAUACAAGUAUACGACAACAUGAGCUAUUCAGAGACUUGAACUGCGACGACUUAGGACCACCGCCGAGGAUCUCUGACAUUUGUGAUAGUAUAAAAGACAUUGUGAUACCUGAUGAUGUAGAACCUGGUUUAGAUAAAGAAAAAGCAUCACGAUUGCAAUUAGAUUUGGAGCCUACGCCUACUAGGAAAAAAUCUCAAGUAGUCAAGAAAAUAACUGAUCUUACGGCGGCCGAAAUCGAACAAAAACUUGAGGCUCAGAAGAGCAAUCCUUAUAAUAGUUUUGUUGAAGGCAACUUGAUACUGAAGCAAGGGUUGAUAGACAAAAAGAAAGGGCUGUUUGCUAGAAGAAGAAUGUUUUUGCUCACUUUCGGUCCUCAUUUAUACUAUGUGGAUCCUGUGGCCAUGGUACUAAAGGGCGAAAUUCCUUGGAGUGAAGAUUUGAGAAGUGAGGCGAAGAAUUUCAAGACAUUCUUUAUCCACACAGUAAGUAAAAUAAUAUUUCUUGUAAUAAGUUUCGAUCUUAAUUCCACUACUCUAUGAAUAAGUAAUUUUAGUAGAGGUCCCAGUUGAAAGACUUUUUGACGUACUAUAAUUGUUGCCGCAUUGAGCUACUCACGUAGCCAUGAAGGUGUCUAGGGGUUCAAUCAUACUUAACAAGAUACGUUGUGCUUAAAAAAAGUACGUCUUCAUGAUAACAACAGCUAUUUUUUGGUUGAAAUGUGUCAGAAUUGCUCUGAAAAAUAUACCGUUUAAGUCGAAUUGAAAUAUUUGUGGUACAAUCUUUUGCCGUGUUGUCAAACUUUGGGCAAAAAAUGGUUUCAAGUAGGUUAACUCUGAACUUCCUACGUAAUUCUGGGCGAAAAGAUUUUGUAUGUACAUCGUGUAUCAAAGAAUUUUACAAAAUUGUCAGGAGUCUCUUGAAUGUCAAAAAACGAGCGAUUUUUAAAUAUUUGUUUUUUUUGCGUAUAGCCCCGCCGCCAUUGUGAAAAUUUCAUCUAAAUUUUUACUUUUCAAGUUAUAGACCCACAUAUUACCAGACAGGCAGACCAAAGGAAAUGAAGGACGUGGUUUUUUAUAUACAUAUAUAGGGUGAUUUACAAGUGGCGACCAAAAAUGAAACAUCAUACACAGGACCGCAUUUUAAGGGGGUGUCUUCU